AGUGAACCGUCAGUGUCAAAACAGCCAAAUCCAGCUGCCACGAAGGGUAAGAGCGUAAAAUCAUACUCAUCGUCCAACCAGAACGUUUGAGUCUUCGAAUUCAAAGAGAGCAGCGACCAGAGAGAUGGCGCCUGCCCUUCGGAGUAGUGAGAGUGAGUAGAGAAAGAAAGCAAGGAGAGCGACUUCUGCAUAAAAAUCCAUUAAUGUGCUGCUUUAUUAGUGUCUUCUCUCUCACCAUAUAUAUUUAGGACAAACCUACCGAGCUUCUCUCUUUUGCCCCCUCCCUUCGUGCCCUCUUUACCUAUCAUCUGCCACCGAAAUCAGCCCAGAGCUAUUUUAUUUAAAUUUAAUUAAAUCCAAAUUGUUUUGUUUUCUCCGUGGAGGUUUUUUUGGUGGGUGGGUUGUAUGUGUAGAUACAUAUGGACAUGGUUUAUAAGGAGUGCUUGGUUUUUGGGUUUUACUGGUAUUUCGGCGGGCUUUGCGAAUUGAGAUCUUAAAAGACUGUACAUUGUGGGUGUUUUUGGGUUGGUUUUUUUCCCUUCCCUUUCUAGGGUUCUUUGAUCUCUCUCCAGGUUCGGAGGGAAGAGAAUUCGAAGCCCAUACCUCUCCUCUUUCUCUCUCGAAUUGGAUUAGACUUUUUAUUUUUCUGGGUUGAUUUGAUUCCUUUGAGAGAAGAGAGAGAGCAAAUGAGCUGCUUUUCCUGCUUAACUCCACAUGGAAAGGAUAUAAAGGUCGAUGUUGAAAGUAGGUCUCGCUGUGGGAGUGGAAAAGGAAAGUCUAAGGUUGUAAGUGGUGAGAAUGAAAAGUUGAACGGCAAUGGCCAUGGAAAAAAUAGCAGUCAAACAAGCGAUGGUGGGGCGCGCAGCUUCCCAUUUCGUGAGCUUGCAACGGCGACAAGGAACUUCAGGGAGGCCAAUUUGAUUGGUGAGGGGGGUUUUGGUAGGGUUUACAAAGGUCGCUUGGAAUCUGGCCAGGUUGUUGCCAUCAAACAACUUAAUCGCGAUGGUCUUCAAGGGUUUCAUGAAUUUAUUGUGGAAGUUCUAAUGUUGAGCCUCUUACACCAUGUUAACCUUGUCACUUUGAUUGGCUACUGCACUGCUGGGGAUCAAAAACUUUUGGUUUACGAAUACAUGCCAAUGGGUAGUUUGGAAGAUCAUCUUUUUGAUCUGGACCCAGAUAAAGAGCCACUGAGUUGGAACACUCGCAUAAAGAUUGCAGUUGGUGCUGCCCGUGGUCUCGAGUAUCUGCAUUGCAAAGCAAACCCACCUGUUAUCUACCGCGACUUGAAAUCUGCAAAUAUUUUGCUAGAUAAUGAUUUCAAUCCAAAAUUAUCAGAUUUUGGACUUGCAAAACUGGGACCUGUUGGGGACAAUACGCAUGUUUCAACCAGAGUGAUGGGAACAUAUGGAUAUUGUGCCCCUGAGUACGCAAUGAGUGGCAAAUUGACUGUUAAAUCUGAUAUUUACAGCUUUGGCAUGGUUCUUUUGGAAUUAAUAACGGGUCGGAAGGCCAUAGAUUUUUCUAGAAGACAAGAAGAGCAAAGCCUAGUUAGUUGGUCUCGUCCAUUUCUGAAGGAUCAGAAGAGAUUCCCUCAAUUGGUCGAUCCUCUGCUGCAAGGGCGGUGCCCUCGUCGUUGUCUGAACUAUGCAAUCGCUAUCACUGCAAUGUGUCUAAACGAGGAACAAAACUUCCGCCCUUUUAUUGGGGAUAUUCUUAUGGCACUUGAAUAUUUGGCUUGUCAGUGUAGCAACUUUGAAGCACGAGUCCACAAUACCACGUCUCCAUCAACAUUGCAGCAAACGUGAGGCAACUCGUCUUGGGGCCUGUAUCUGGAAGUAGUCGACAUCUAUUUCCCCCUGCUGGAGACAAGCUCUAAAACCCUUCUAUCACCUUGUAUUAUUAUCGUCUGGCUUGCUGAGAGCUCUCGGAAAUAAACGGAAAGAAAGGGUACUUAUGAUAUCCCUAAGGAAAAGCCCAUUGUCGUCGUUAUCAUACUAGAAUGAAUUGCUUUGAAAUGGCAACCUGUUUAGUGUCAACAUUGAUCAUUUGAUUGAUUAACAUUUGGAAAAAUGAAUUGAUCUAGUAUACCUAGUUGCAGGGAAAGACAUUGAGACUCAAUACAUAUUAUUACAUACAGUCUUACAGUAGACAGAUAUGGAUUUUAUUAGUUUCUCUUCUACUUGUCUGUUUUAACUUUUCAUUUCUUUACCUAGUGGAGGAGCAUGACACUAUACUUCCUGACAUAAUAACCUAGU